AUGGAGUUUAAGGGUUCUAUAAAUGAGCAGAUCAUAGAGAAAGUUCUAUGUAGUCUUAGUCGCUGGAAUAUUGAAAAUGAAAAGCGUAUCCGGAAAGAAAGAAAGAAGCAUAUCAUGAGUUGUAAACAAGAAGUCUUAAAUAUGGUUGACGAAGCCUCAAAAAGAAUUAAGAAGAUGCAAUACAAGGAAAGAAAGGAAAUUGCAAUUCAUAAUAAAGACAUGGAAAAAUGA